AUGUCGACUCCGACACCCCCGCCGCUCCUCCCGAUUUCUACAACCGCAACAGCCGUCGGCGGCGGCACGGCCCAGUCCCAGGCUCCCAUCGCUACCCCGGCCUUCCGCGCCUUCAUCAACCACAUCUCCGACACCUGCAGCAACGGCCUCGCCCAGCGCCGCCCCUGGUCCGAGCUCCUCGACCGAUCCGCCUUCGCCAAGCCAGAAUCCUUCUCCGACGCCACCGUCCGCGUUCGCAAGAACUACUCCUACUUCCGCGUCAACUACCUCGCCGUCCUCGCCCUCACCGUCGCUCUUUCCCUCUUCACCCACCCUUUUUCCCUCCUAGUCCUCCUCGGCCUCCUCGCCGCCUGGCUCUUCCUUUACCUCUUCCGCCCCUCCGAUCAGCCCCUCGUCAUCUUCGGCCGCACGUUCUCGGACACCCAGACCCUCUUGGGCCUCACCGCCCUCUCCGUCUUCGUCGUCUUCCUCACAUCCGUCGGAUCCGUCCUCAUCUCCGCUCUCGUCGUUGGUGCCGCAGUCGUCUUCGCUCACGGCGCCUUUAGGGUUCCCGAGGACCUCUUCCUUGACGAGCAAGAGCCUACCGCCUCCACCGGUUUCCUCUCCUUCCUCAACGGCGCUGCUUCCAAUGUCGCUGCCGCCACAUCGCCAGCCGUCGUCGCCGCUCGCGGUUGAUCUGAUCUAUCUCCCCACAUUGUGAUUAGAUCGCGAUCAAGGUCAUGAUGGUAUAAUUAGUUGAAUAACCACAAAAAAUUAAUAAAUUUGAAGUUUUUGUUAUAUAAAUAUAUGUAGGGUGGAUUUUAUUGACCAAUUUGUAUGGAUCUGUGUACUUUAGUUCUGAUUAGAUAGCGAAUUCAUGUUUAUUCAUGGUUCUUGGUAGAUCUAUCAAUCGAACUUUUGUCCCCUUGUAUUUCUUCAGUUGGUUUUGUCAAAUACGAAUCGUAAUUGCUACA